UGCUCUUUCUUUGUUUUGUGGUUCUCUGGAGAAAAAAAAAACGCAAGAGUUGUUUAUGGAUACCUGCUUUGAUAAUAAACUGACCUUUGAACUAUCCGCUCCCGGCGGGACUUCCCAGUGUCCAAACAUUUUCAUUCUGAUUCCCAUUCCCAUUCCCGUUCCGACGUGUCAACCCAUUGCCUCCUCUUGUGCCAAGUUAAGGCCACCCUCAGGGUCCAGGAUCUGCACCUUAUAUUCCGUCUGGGUAGCUCCUCCCCCUAACCUGAUGGCAUGAAUAUCAAUUUCUCCUUCCAGUGAACACUCCCCCUCUUCCUCUCUGAUUUUUCACGUCCUCUCAUGUGCUUAUCACUUCCCUCUGGAUUCUAUUUUCUUCAGCUCUUGAGCUUUCCCAUCCACCUGGCUUCAACCUAUCACCAUCCCGGCAGGCAUUUUCUCGCCCGCCCCGAUUUUAUUUAGAUAUUUCCCCCAUUCCAUCUCAAUCUUGAAGGAGGGUUCAGCUGGAAACGUCGACUGUCGACCCUUUUCGAUCGAUGCUGCCGGGUCUGCUGAGUUCCACCAGCCUUUUGUUUGUGCUGAGCUGGAUUUCCUGCAUGUGCAGACUUUGUCACGUUUGUGAUUUGCCUCUCCGUUGUCCCACACGCCUCCGAGCACUGGGGGCGCUGUAUGGACCUCCGACCACUGGUGGUGCUGCGGAGAACAUCCUGAUAAACGCAUGCGCACUGCCGAAAGCAGCUGUCGUUGGCGGUUCACCGACACGAGCGGGGACCUGCGGUGAGAGAUUUAUUGGAAGAAAAACCCACAACUGGAAGCAAACCACGACUGAAGACGAGGGAACAGCAGCAAGUGAACCAGCCCGAGGACUGAGAGCACUGACUGGAGAGAAACCCUUCUGACUCAGGAUUUCCAUUGAUUCAGUCAGGAGCAAGUCUGGUUAAAUAUGGCAAGGAAUUUGUCUAUGGGAAUCUCGAACACAACACGCCAGUUUUGCUGUCUCUGUCCAGAUAUUUAAGAAGAGGAGCAAGGGAUUCACUCGGUCAUUUCAACUGAAGGUACAUCAGCAAGUUCACACUGGACAAGGCCAUUCACCUGUUGUAAGUGUGAGAAGGGAUCCAGUCAGUUAUCCCACUUGUGGACACACCAGUCAGGUCACACUGGGCAGAGGCUGGUCAUUUGCUGAAUUUGUGGGGAAUGGUUCACUCGAUCAUCUAACCGAAUGGCACACCAGCAUGUUCACACUGGAGAAAUGCCGUUCACCUGCUCAGACUGUAGGAAGGGAUUCACAAAAUCAUCUCAACUACUGAGACACCAGUCAGUUCACACUGGGCUGAGGCUGGUCAUUUGCUGAAUUUGUGGGGAAUGAUUCACUCGAUCAUCUAACCAAAUGGCACACCAGCAAGUUCACACUGGAGAGAGGCCGUUCACCUGCUCAGACUGUGGGAAGGCAUUCACUAUAUCAUCUCACCUACUGAGACACCAGUCAGUUCACACUGGCGAAUGGCCGUUCACCUGCUCAGUCUGUGGGAAGGGAUUCACUUGCUCAUCUAACCUGAAGGAACAUCAGAGAGAUCACACUGGAGAGAGGCCAUUCACCUGCUCAGACUGUGGGAAGGGAUUCACUUGCUCAUCUAACCUGAAGGAACAUCAGCGAGUUCACAGUGGAGAGAGGCCGUUCACCUGCUCAGACUGUGGGAAGGGAUUCACUUCUUCGUCCCAUCUGAAGGUACAUCAGCGAGUUCACACUGGAGAGAGGCUGUUCACUUGCUCAGACUGUGGGAAGGGAUUCACUUCUUCGUCCCAACUGAAGGUACAUCAGCGAGUUCACACUGGGGAGAGGCCGUUCACCUGCUCAGAAUGUGGGAAGGGAUUCACUUGCUCAUCUAAACUGAAGGUACAUCAGAGAGUUCACACCGGGGACUGGCCGUUCACCUGCUCAGACUGUGGGAAGAGAUUCACUUCUUCGUCCCAACUGAAGGUACAUCAGCGAGUUCACACUGGGGAGAGGCCGUUCACUUGCUCGGACUGUGGGAAGGGAUUCACUUCUUCGUCCCAACUGAAGGUACAUCAGCGAGUUCACACCGGGGACUGGCCGUUCACCUGCUCAGUCUGUGGGAAGGGAUUCACUCGGUCAUCCACCCUAAUGGCACACCAGCGGGUUCACACUGGGGAGAGGCCGUUCGCCUGCUCAGACUGUGGGAAGGGAUUCACUCAGUCAUCUAAACUGAAGGAACAUCAGAGAGUUCACACUGGGGAGUGGCCAUUCACCUGCUCUGAAUGUGGGAAGGGAUUCAUUAAAUCAUCCCACCUACAGUUGCACAGGUCUGUUCACACCGGGGAGAGGCCGUUCACCUGCUCAGACUGUGGGAAGGGAUUCACUAAAUCAUCUCACGUACUGAGACACCAGUCACUUCACAGUGGCGAGCGGCCGUUCACCUGCUCAGACUGUGGGAAGGGAUUCACUUGCUCAUCUAAACUGAAGGAACAUCAGAGAGUUCACACCGGGGUCUGGCCGUUCACCUGCUCAGACUGUGGGAAAGGAUUCACUUCUUCACCCCAAUUGAAGGUACAUCAGCGAGUUCACACUGGAGAGAGGCCAUUCACCUGCUCAGACUUAGGGUAGGGAUUCACUUGCACAUCUGAACUGAAGGUACAUCAGCGAGUUCACACUGGAGAGAGGCCAUUCACCUGCUCAGACUUAGGGAAGGGAUUCACUUGCACAUCUGAACUGAAGGUACAUCAGCGAGUUCACACUGGGGAGAGGCCGUUCACGUGCUCAGAGUGUGGGAAGGGAUUCACUAAAUCAUCUAACCUCCUGAGCCACCAGUCAGUUCACACUGGCGAGCGGCCUGCUCAGACUGUGGGAAGGGAUUCAGUUGCUCAUCCCAACUGAAGGUACAUCAGCGAGUUCACACUGGGAGAGGCCGUUCACCUGCUCAGUGUGUGGGAAGGUAUUGACUCAGUCAUCUCAUCUACAGACACACAGUCGAGUUCACACAGGAGAGAGGCCGAUCAGCUGCUGAGACUUUGGGAAGUAAUUCUAUCAGCAAAAUCAACCAAAUGUGCAUCAUUGAGUUCACAGUGGGGAGAGGCCGUUCACCUGCUGUGAAUGUGGGGAGCGAUUCACUCAGGUCAUUUAACCUUAUGUAACUCUUGCUUCAGCUAGCAACUUAAUAUAGGGGGUGAUAGCCCCUGAGCUUGGCCAAACCUAAGAAAUCUUGUUUGUGUGAAUGCUGCAUUAUGUGUCCCCUGUUACAAAUCAGUACCCCAAAAAUAACAAAUGGUACACAAUAUGCGAUUAAACAAUUGAGCUAUUUAAUUCUUACUUUGACUAUGGGAUUAGUAAAGGAAACAAAUAAAGGUAAAAGGGCCCUUUCUCUCCAUUUGUGUCUUCUCAUCUCUCCCUGGCAAAAGACCGUGAAAAUCUACCUUCCAGACUCACAGGAAAGGACAAUAUCUCUAUCAUUGGAUAGCUAGGCACCCCAAAACCUGUUAUUUCUAGUCAUAAGCUAAACAUUGCUGCUGCAGAGAAAUCAUUAGUUCAGCAGUGAAAUAUAACACAGAGACCAUUACAUUAGCAGUGAAAUCUCACAGCCUGUUACAUUUGUGACACACUACCGGCUUCACACAGCGGAAAAAGUUUCAAUAAGUUGCAUGCUGGAUAUUUGUCCAUCACUGUUGCUAAAGCUAUUUUGAGAGUGACUAUCAGUGCUGAACUCUGCAAUUAUUGCUGCUGCUCACCGCAUUCAGUUCUGGGCACAGGAGGAGUUUCUUCUACUGCAUAUUCACCUUUAAUGGGACUGGAGUUUAAUAUUGACGGGGGUGGAGUGUGGCCAGUAAAGAAGUGGAGCUUUGAGGCUUUGGCUCAAGUAGUUUUGGCAGAUGGAUUGUGCAAUCAAGUCAAUCAAGAUGUGAAUAGCUCCUGGAGGCUACGCCUGUCUGUGAAUGGAGUAACAUCAGUUUCUGAGCUGCUAGUUUUGUCCCUUUCCCCCUAGUUUAAACCAAAUUUAAUAUCUUGAGUUGCUGAUUCUUGAAGGGGAACAAUGUGUCUUUGAGGAGUGGGAAAUACUUGUCUGAACCUAGUGAUAAAGGCAACGGGAAAGGAAAGAUGCAACAGGAAGGAUCUGAUGAAAUGCCAUUGUGGGCAGAAGAUAUGGCUUUGAAACAGUUCAUUUAAAGACUAACUUGAAAAGAAUAGUAAUGAAAUGAUGUCAUUUCUGGGAAAACUUAAGGAUCUGGAAGCUCAAGUCACUACACACAAAGAGGAAUUGAAGAUAAUUAAGCAAAAAUUGCUUGAAAGUAAAAUGAAGUAAAACUCAUUUGGAAAGAUAUCUAAAUAAGAUUAUAGACCUCGAAACUAGGUCUUGCCGAAGGAAUAUACAAAUUGUUGGGCUGCAGGAAGGAGUUGAAAAUGGAGAUUUAACUGCUUACAUUGGUAAGCUUUCUCAUACCCUUAUUUCCUUCUAUAUUAUCACAGCCGCCUACUAUAGAAAGAGCAGACAGAACUUUUACUUUGAGAUCUCAAGAUCCAGAUAAAGCAAGGGCUUUUCUGGUUUGUUUUCAUUAUUUUAAGAUUAAAGGUCAAAUAAUGUGACAGGCAAGAAAACAAGAGUUUUUAGAUUUGAGACGUCUGAGCUUGGUUUUUAUGAAGAUUAUUCAAAGGAGGUAAUGGAACAAAGAUCAAAAUUUGCUUUGGUAAUGAAACAGGCAUAUGAUAAGAAAUUGUUUCCUUCCUUGCGUCACCCAAUUCGAAUUAAAGUUUUUCCUCCUGAUUCUCCUCCUCGUACAUUUUGUGAUCAGAAAGUUGCACUGGCGUUUGUUUAAACUAUAUCUGCUGCGACUGCCGAUUGAACUGUCUGGCAUAUUAUCUGCAUAAUAGCAUUUUGGAAAGAAGAUUUAUGAAGACUACUUGGACAUUUCAUUGAGAGACUAUUAAAAGAAGAUUAGGGGACAUUUAUUAUUGCAUAUCAUUUUUUUUUGGUAAGAGGAUUGAUGGUUCAAGUAUGACUGUUUAAAUGGUUAUUUGGACAUUCGACGGAGGAAAAGAACAUAAAAGGACUUGUUCCUUUAACCUAAUAUCUGGUUUGAUUUUUUUUGUGUUUUUUUCUUAAUUAACUAACUGGCAGUUUUUCCUUCUAAUGGGGCAAUUUCCUUCUCUUAUAUAUACUUAGCGGAGGUUUCAAUUACUUGCAUAAUAUUAUUAGUUUUCAAGAUUGUGUUGAUCUGUUAUUAAACACUAUGCUUGGUUUCUCUAGGUAAUAUGUUUUAGAUUUUAAUAACUGCUUAUUUUUUAAAUUCUUUUCAACAUAUUAAUAUGUUUUUUAUAUAAUGAAUAUUAUUGCAUCUUAUAACUGAAUUUAAAGCCUUUUUAGGGGAUUUAAUGUUAAGUUUAAGAAGGAGCUGUUUUUUUUCUUUUUAAGAGAUAACAAUUUUUUAGUUUCCUCUUUGUUUUAAAAAAAGACUAAAUAUAAACAUGGGAUAGUUUGUAGAUGCUGGAAUGUAAACAUUUUCCUUUGUUGAGACUGUCAUUCAAAGGGAUAGAGAACCUUUUUUAAUCUUUUUUUUUCAGACAGACAGAGCAGUCUUGGUUGCGUUUUCUAUCAUAGGGUGCCUCAUUUUUCUGGGCUGUGGGGGGAGUGGGAUGGGGUUAGAAUUAGGGUGUUUGUCCCAUUGGGUGGUUCCGGAGCAUGUGUGUUUUCUGUGUGGUUGUACUGUCCAUCGCCACCAUUUUUGAUCAUCCCUUAUUGGUAUGUGCUCGGCACAUGUGUAAAGUAGAAUAAAAUUAUAGUUUGGAAUCUAAACUCAUUAAUGUAAUAUGUUGGAAUGUAUGUGGUUGGAAUCAUCCUAUCAAAUGAAAAAAGACUUUUAAAAUCAUCAAUCGAUUUCAACCUGGUACAAUUUUUUGCCUAGGAGACGCAUAUAAAGGCGGGAGAUCAAAAUAGGUUUUUUGGAUCGUGGAAGAGUUUGCAAUUUCACUCCACUUCUCAAAGUAAAACUAAGGGAGUGUCUAUUUUUAUUAAAUCCAAUAUUUUGUUCAUUCAAGAGGACAUUAAGUCAGAUUUUUUUGUCGAUUUUUAAUUGUUAAAGGAGUAAUUUGUAACAGAAAAGCUGUUUUGGCCAAUUUGUAUGGUCCUAACUUAGAUGAUCUUUUUUUAAAAAAUGUAUUUGCUUUACUGCCUCAUUUAAAUGAAUAUAUGUUAAUAAUGGGCGGGGAUUUUAACUGUUGUUUAAAUCCUUUGACAAGAGCUGAACCAACCAGCAACUUCCAAAUCACUCCGCAUUACUUAUUAAUUCCUUUUUGACCGAUUUUUGGAUUGAUUGAAUUAUGCAGAUAUUUACAGCCUGAUGACAGAGAAUAUUCUUUUUUGUCACAUGUUUAUAGAAAAUAUUCAAGGAUCGAUUAUAUUACAGUUGACCCUUACUUCUUGCCUACUGUUAAGAAUUGUGAAUAUGACACUCUCGCUGUUUCUGCUCAUGCAGCUUUCAGUUUGUCUUUCGAAUUCGAUGAUGCCAUCCUUGCCCACCCACUUUGGCACCUGUCUCAGACAUCAUUGCAGAAUUCAGACUUUGUUAGUUUCAUUGAGAAACAGGUAAAAUAUUUUUUUUCUUUUUGAUGUUUUAGCAGUACAUCUAAAUUAAUCAUAUGGGAUAUAUUUAGAGCAUUUUAAGGUGGUCAGAUCAUUUCUUAUUCUAACCUGAAAAAAACAGACUAAAUUAGAAUUAGAUAUGAUUACAAAACAAGUUAAAGUCCGAUAAUACUUAUGCAAUUUCCCGUAAUAUUGACUUAUUUAAACAAAGGAUGGAACUUAAAUCACAAUAUAAUUUAUUAUUAACUCAUCCUAUUGAAGGCUAUUUGCUUAAGCUAAAAAGUCAAUAUUAUAUGUUUGAGAUAAAAAUAAUAAACUGCGUGUCAAUUAAAAACGGCCAGAGCCAAAAGGCAAAUUUUGAAAAUCUGUAAGGAAGUUGGUACCCUUGCUUGGGAAUAUGAAGACAUUAAUAAGAUUUUUAUACUGAACUUUAUAAAUCUAAAUUUCCAGUCGAUUCUUCUAAAAUGAAUUAUUUUUUACGAAAGAUUGUUUUUCCUCGAAUUUCUGUUAAGAAUCAAAAACCUCUUGAUGCCCAAAUUACCAAAGCCAAAAUUCAUAAAGCUAUUUUUUCAAUGCCAUCUGGUAAGGCCCCUGGACUUGAUUCGUAUCCUGUAGAAUUUUAUUAAAAAAUUGGAAAAUUGCUCUCUCCGUAUAUGUAGGAAAUGUUUAAGGACUCUUUUGUGAAAGGCGAUUUACACUUUGUUUUUUAUGACACUUCUAUUGCUUUAAUUCUUAGAAAGGAUAAAGGUCCUUCUGAUUGUGCCUCAUAUAGACCUAUUUCAUUAUUGAAUGUUGACGCUCAGAUCCUGUCAAAGAUAAUGGCCAAUUGGUUGGAAACUUUUAGGGUAAAGUUAUUUUUAAAGAUCAAACAGGCUUUAUAAACGGCCGUUAUUCCUUUUCAAAUGUUUGGAGAUUAUUUAACAUUAGAUACCCAUCUUCUGUUAAAACUCAGUAAUGUGUCAUCUCUUUCGAUGCUGAAAAAGCAUUCAAUCGAGUUGCAUGGAAAUAUUUAUUUAAUGUUUUCGAGGAAUUUGGUUUUGGUGUUAAUUUAAAUAAUUGGAUUAGAAUGAUAUAUAAAACUCCUAUUGCCUCUGUUAUUACUAAUAAUUGUAGAUUUCUUUUUUCAACUUUCACGGAGGACAAGACAAGGUUGUCUAUUAAGUCCUUUGUUAUUUAAUUUAAAAUUAGAAUCCCUUGGUAUCACUCUUCGUGAAGCUAAAGAUAUUCAUGGGAUUCUUGUGAAGGAGAUUUCUGUUUACGCUGACGAUUUUCUGGUUUAUGUAUCUAAUCCAGAGGAAUCUCCCUGCCUUGCUAAAUUUAUUUCAUGAAUUUGGAGAUUUUUCAGGAUAUAAAAUAAAUUUUAAUAAAAAUGAACUAUUUCCUUAAUGAAUCUGUUUCUGAAUAUGAUAAUACUCCUUUCAACAUUAUGGAUUUUUUUAGAUAUUUAUCUGUUAUAAUCCCUAAAAAAAAUAAGGAUCUUUAAAAGCUAAUUUUGUUCCCUGAGUAGAUUCUAUGAAGUAUUUAUUUAGUGGAUGGAACCCACUUACAUUUCCACUUGUUGGUCACAUCCUUAUAGUCAAAAUGCUGAUUUUACCAAAAUUUUUAUAUUUUCUGAAUAUCCCUGUUUUUUUGAUGAUGUGUUUUUGAUCGGAUUGAUUCUAUUAUCUCAUCUUUUAUAUGAAAUGAUAACAGAACAAGAAUUAGUAAAUGUUACUUACAAAAAUUGAAAAAGGAUGGAGGUCUUACUUGGCCUAAUUUAAGAAUGUAUUACUGGGCUGUUAAUGUGCAUUGUAUGUCCUUUUGGUCACACUGGGUUGAUAAGAAUGAACGGCCAAUUUGGGUUGAUCUGGAAUUGAAAACUGUGAAACUGUUUUAUUUAACCUCGGUAUUGGGAGCUGCUUUACAAUUGGCUAAAGUAGCUAAUUUAAAUUUAGACCCUCUGAUUAAGUAUUCUUUACA